CCGCCAUUCCCAUCACGCAAACAGUUCCAGGAUAAAAAAAAAGAUUACUUCCUCCACAGGACAGGACAGGAGGAGGCGGAGGGCGAAUCGUCCCGUCUCCUCUCGUCUCGACCCCCAUCUUCUUCCUUCCUCGCAUCGCAUCCCAUCCCAUCCCUGCGCCCGAGUUAUUUAUAAAUACGCAGACCCCAAUCGCGCCGGGUUUCGCUAGGGUUCGCGAGAUUUCUCCUGCUGCCGCCGGGGUUUGUUCCUCCGCUCGCCUGCUCCAUCCGUCCGCCCUCGGUGGCUGGAUCGAUCUGGGUGUGUGGGGAGUGAGGGGGGAUUCGUGCGUGCGGCGCGGGGGUUCCGGAGGGGGCUCGAUUCGGCGAGGCUGGGGCGUGGGGGCGGGCGGUCGGGCCACUGGACCUGCGCCCACUGGCUGCGGGCCAUGGCCGGGAUCGACGGCGCCGGGGACGCCCCCGCCGCGCGGCUGCCCGAGUUGACGCCCGUCGAGCGCGUCGAGCAGAAGCUGAUCGCCUGCGGAGUUCCGGAAGAGCAGCUGCGGGAGGACCAUCAGGAAGCCCUGCUCAUGUACUUGGAGGAGCACGCCGAUAAGAUUUCUGAGGUCAUGGCGGUCAUCUUGUCAGCGGGCACCGAUAUUUCGGAGGCCCGCAAGUCCUCGAAGAAGGAUGAAGACAGCGGCAGCAGCAGCGAUGGCGAUGCGUACAGCGAGAGCUUGUCGUGGUUGCAGUGGAUGAUGUUCCGCAACGAGCCGGAUGCAGUGCUUGAUGACAUGGAGCAUAGCAGUGCGGGAGAGCGUGCCGUCUGCGGGUCUGUCUGGGGGCAGAACGACCUCGCUUACCGCUGCCGGACCUGCGAAAACGACUCCACAUGCGCCAUCUGUGUUCCAUGCUUCCAGAAUGGUAACCACGAGGAUCAUGAUUACUCCAUCAUGUAUACAGGUGGUGGAUGUUGUGACUGCGGGGAUGCUACUGCCUGGAAGCGUGAAGGGUUCUGCUCGAGGCACAAGGGGGCCGAACAGAUUAAGCCUCUUUCCGAGGAGCUUGCGAGCUCUGUGGGGCCUGUGUUGGAUGAGCUCUUGCUCUUCUGGAAGGAGAGGAUUUGUCUGGUGGAAGCCCCAACUCGGAAGGCUGGCGAGGGUACUCCCUGCAAGAGUGUUGCUGAGGAGUUGACGACUUCUAUUGCUGACAUGCUGCUUCGCUUCUGCACCUCUAGUGAAAGUCUUCUUAGUUUUGUGUCCCAAAGGAUCCGUGAGUCACCAGAUCUCUUGGAUGUAUUGACGAGGGCGGAAAGGUUGCUGGACAAGGAAGUUCUGAAAAAUUUGCAUGAGCUGCUAUUGAAACUUAUCACUGAACCAGCUUUUAAGUACGAGUUUGCCAAAGUUUUCAUACAGUACUAUCCUGGUACAUUUUCUGAAGUUAUUAAAGGGAACAAUGAUAAUCCGCUGGACGAGUAUCGACUGAUACCGACUUUUUCUGUUCAAAUAUUUACCGUGCCUACGCUGACUACAAGGCUUGUGCGGGAGCACAAUUUGUUGGGUAUUCUUCUUGAAUGUUUGACAGUUCUAUUUCUUUCUUGCGUAGGUGAGGAUGCUCAUUUACAGACAAGCAAAUGGGGAAAUUUGUAUGAUUCUUCUCUUAGAUUAUUGGAAGAUACACGCUAUGUCGUGAGCCAUGAGGAGGUUUCCAAGUAUGUUGCUUAUGAGAGGCCUGAUCUAACAAGGUCAUGGAUUAAGCUAUUGUCACUUGUGCAAGGAAUGGAUCCUCAGAAGAGAGUGACAAGUAUUCAUGUUGAAGAUGAGAAUGAGAAUCUAGCUUCGCCUUUCAUGCUAGGACAUUAUCUUGGUAUCAUUCAGAAUCUUUUGAUGAAGGGAGCCUUUUCUUCUCCUGGGCAACAAGAGUCAACUGAUGUUACUGUAUGCUCCACUGCGAUAAAAGGCAUGGAAAGUGCCGAGAAUCAGCGUCAUGCUAAAGUUGGAAGGGUCUCCCAGGAGAACUUGGUAUGCAAUUCAAGUACCAGAGAGAGUGCUUCGAGCAGUGAAUUACCAGCACCUGCUACCUGUUUAAUUCGUCAGUGCUUGAAAGCUAUUGAGAGCUGGCUGGAACCUGGUCCUCGGAGGAGAAAGUUGUCGUCCCUCGAUGCUAGCAGCACUGAUGCUCGCAAUUUUCUGGCCUUGCUUGAAGACACUUUGACUAUUAACAAAGGUGGAUCAAGUAAACAGAUUGGUGAUGUGGGCAUGAAGGUGAAUGAAGGAUCCCAAAUAGACGAUGCUGCAGAUUAUCAUGAAGUGGUCAGUUCUCCUGCCCAAGAAUCCGACGACAUGAUGCUGAUAGAUCAAGUAGGAUCGCCUCAGGCUGGAAAUGACUUAGGCAAGGGAAAGAUGAACGAAAGUAGCAAUGGAUUAGAUGUACAAUUACACUCUGAAAAUGCCAUUUCUGUUGCUCUGACCGAUGGCAGCCUUCUAUAUGCUCACCCAGAUUCAAGAAUUGAUGAACUAGGAAUACUGAACAUGACAAGCUGGCCUCGUGUUGUCUUUGAUGUCGGUUCACAAGAAACAUCUUUUCAUAUCCCAUUACACCGUAUGCUUUCUUUACUAUUGCGUAAAGCAAUGAAGAAAUGUUUCGGAGAGGAUGCCAAACCAGAGGAAUGUUCAGUUGUGCAGCCCAAGGAGUUUUUCUCUCAGGUACUUGGAGGUUUCAAGCCUUAUGGGUUUGCUUCAAUUGUAAUGGAGCAUCCAUUAAGAGUGAGAGUAUUUUGCGCACAAGUGCGUGCUGGAAUGUGGCGUAAGAACGGAGAUGCAGCUAUACUGAGUGCUGAGUGGUACCGCUCUGUGCAAUGGCUUGAACAGGGCUUGGAGUCGGAUCUGUUUCUGCUGCAAUGCUGUGCUGCAUUAUCUUCUCCAGAGUUCUUUGUGAAGACCAUUCAAGAAAGAUUUGGUUUGUCGAAUUAUAUAUCUCUGGUUCUCACGGAACAGAAUGAAUAUGAGCCAGUUCUAAUGCAAGAAAUGCUAGUUUUUCUUAUACAACUAGUCAAAGAACGCAGAUUUAUUGGGCGUUCGACAGCAGACAACUUGAAGAGAGAAUUGAUUUAUAAAUUGGCUGUUGGAGAUGCCACCCAUAGCCAGAUUGUGAAGUCUCUUCCCAGGGACCUUUCGUCAAGUGACCAACUUCAAAGUGUUCUAGAUUCACUCGCAGUUUACUCCAAUCCAUCUGGAAUGAAACAGGGCAAGUAUGUGCUUCGCAAAGCAUUCUGGAAGGAAUUGGACUUGUAUCACCCGCGCUGGAAUUCCAGAGAAAUACAGAUUGCUGAAGAGAGAUAUUACCGUUUUUGCAAAGUUUCUGCUCUUAACGCUCAACUACCUCAAUGGACUCAUGUUUUUAGCCCUCUGCACAGUAUUUCUAAGAUAGCCACCUCCAAAGCUGUCCUUCAAAUUGUUCGUGCUGUUCUCUUCUAUGCUGUUUACACCGAAGCAUCAUCGGUAUCACGUGCCCCGGACAAUGUUCUUGUGAUGGGUUUGCACCUUCUUUCGUUGGCACUUGAUAUAUGUGAAUCAGAGAGUCAAACGUAUGCGGACAAAUAUGGGAUGGACAUAGUGCAGCAUGAUGCUGAAUCAUGGGUUGUCCUGUCAUCGUAUGCAGAAGAGACUUUUCCCAUAUUGACCUACUCUACUGAAUCAGUCUCUCCAGAGUCUGACAAAGUAAAGAAUGAGAGCAUGCUAACCUUGCUUGUUUCACUAAUGCGCAAGUACAGCGAAGAGAAUGACAGCACCUUUUCUGGAUCCAAGUACUGCAAUGUUCCAUCUCUAGUUGAGAGUUUGUUAAAAAGAUUUGCCAAGUUAAGUAAGCAGUGCAUGUCUGCAUUAAGACAAAUGGCACCGCAAGUAGUUCCAUCUAUUCCGGAUCAUGGUAGCACUAAACAGAAUUCUGGAUCUCCAGAUCUGAUGGACAAGAAGGCAAAAGCGCGCCAACGUCAGGCCGCAAUCAUGGCAAAAAUGAAAGCAGAGCAGUCAAAAUUUGCUGAAAGUAUGAAGGCAUCAGAAAAUGAAGGGCAUCCUGAUGCAACAUUUGAGCCAGAUGCAUCCAGUUCAACCGCCGUUGCCUCUGAGGAGUCACGACCAGUUUGCUCUCUAUGCCGGGAUUCGGAUUCCAAAAGUCCACUCUGCUAUUUGAUUCUUCUUCAGAAAUCUCGGCUUGCAUCUUUUGUUGAAACGGGCAAUCCAUCCUGGGAUAACUUGAGUCAAUCAAAGAAGACAUCUGGGUCCAUCAGACGGGAAAAAUCAACCGAUUCCUCGGGUGCUGGGUCUUCUAGUUCAGAGGAACUUGUCAGGGAUACAACGAUAGAACCUUCCUUUGAAUUAGACAGCAUGGAAGUUGACGCAUUUCUUGAUUUCUCAAAUGAGCAACAUCCACUGAUUAGAUAUAUAUCAUGUUUCCCAAGUGGACGCUGUACUGGCAAUGCAGAUGACAAUAUCUCCCUUGAGACAAUUGAGGCUGAUGUAUACAAGUCUAUCAUAAAUGAUCUGGUUGGCAUUCAAGGUGGUGAGCAGAGUUUGUCUACUUCAAAUCUCACAGCUGGCUCCAAGACAAGCACAAGCCCUAAAAGUUCUGUUCUGGGAACAUAUGUUACUUGUCUUUCAACAAAAUACCGUCUUUCUUCUUUCUGUGAUGUAGCCUCCAAAUCUUCUGCCCCAGUAACAAUAAGAAACAGAUUUGGCCCCGUUGAUUGUGAUGGCAUCCACAUCUCUUCUUGUGGACAUGCUGUACACCAAGAAUGUCAUGAUCGAUAUUUGUUUUCCUUGAAACAAAGAUAUAUCAGGAGACUAGGUUUUGAAGGAGGUCAUAUUGUCGAUCCUGAUCUGGGAGAGUUGCUGUGUCCAGUGUGUCGCAGAUUUGCAAAUUCCAUUCUUCCGGCAUCACCGGAUUUCUCUGGUAUAACUAGGAAGGCGAUGCCAAUUGCUCAAACCAUGCCUACUGAAGCUGCUGCAACUGUACAUAAUUUACAGUUCCCUCGCGCACUGGCCCUCCUUGAAAGUGCCAGAAAAAUUGUUGGACAAAGCACAUUUCUAAAAGCUUUUCCUGGGAAUGUGAAUGACACUGCGGAGCCAGCUUUAGAUCCUUCCCUUCGAAGACUCACUAUGCUUUACUAUCCUCGCAGCAAAAGCAGCUUUUCAGCAUCUGAAAGGCUAAGCCCAUCCUUGUUUCUCUGGGAAACACUUCGGUACUCUGUCGUUUCAACAGAGAUUGCUUCUCGUGAUAGAAUGUCAAGCUAUUCUGCUCAACCGAAGUCUUGCUUAGAAUCUCUGCGCAGUGAAUUGAAUUCAUCGAGUGGAUUCAUAUUGUCUCUAUUGUUUCGUGUUUCUCACUCUGCACGUGUUCUGAACCGCCGUGAGGUUCUUCUGAGAUUUGAAGGUAUCCAACUGUUAGCAGGGUCUAUUUGCUCUGGUAUUUCUGGCGAUAAAGAUCUUUUGGAUGCUACCAAGCGAAAAGGCACUUCGCUACCUAUGGUUGACCCGGAAAGUGAGGGUGAAAUAUUUCCUGAUAUUCAAUUUUGGAAGCAAUGCGCUGAUCCAAUCCUUGCUCAAGAUCCAUUUUCUUCAUUGAUGUCAGCACUUUUCUGUCUACCUGUUGAAGUUUUGACAUCCACAGAAUUCUUCAUCCCUAUUGUUCAUCUAUUCUACAUUGUUUGUGUCAUUCAGGCACUAAUAACAUGCUACCGGGAAGAAGCCUUUGACAGAUCAAACUUCCGUAACUGCCUUCUCAACGAUGUUUGCCAGGAGAUGUCAGGAUAUGAUAUUGCUAGAGAAUAUUUUGUAUCUAAGCACAUUGAUCCCUCUUGUGAUCCAAAAGAUAUGGUACGGAGAUUAACACAUCCUUAUCUUCGGAGGUGUGCAUUGCUUUGGGAGCUGCUAAAAUCCUCUUCCUCAGCACCCUUAUAUGACAGUUCCAAUAUUUGGGAAGGGUCACAUCUUCACUUAGAUAGUAGCACAGCGGAAGGCAAUUCUUCACUGGCAAUUGAGCUGGAUGGAGUACAAGAACUGGAACACCUCUUUCAAAUUCAGCCACUGGACCUGAUUCUCAAAGAUGAGUGUGUACACAUGCUUGCCUUAAGAUGGUCUCAACAUUUCUGUGAAGACUACAGAUCUCGCAAGUAUAGAGGCAUCCUCUUUUCUACCCCCGCGGUCCCAUUCAGGCUGAUGCAGUUACCACCUGUCUACCAAGUUCUCCUAGAAAGAUAUGUCAAGAUGCAAUGCCCUGAUUGUGGUUCAGUGCCUGAUGAGCCAGCGUUAUGUUUGCUUUGUGGCAUUCUAUGUUCACCUAGUUGGAAACCAUGCUGCAGGGCUGGUAAAUGCCUAAAUCAUGCGUCUCAGUGUGGUGCUGGUGUUGGCAUAUUUCUUUUGGUGAGGAAAACAACAAUCCUGUUGCAACGAUCGGCUCGUCUUGCAUUUUGGCCAUCUCUGUACCUUGAUGCUUUCGGUGAGGAGGAUCAUGAAAUGCACAGAGGAAAGCCCUUGUAUCUUAGCCAAGAAAGAUACGCAGCCCUCACAUAUCUGGUGGCAUCUCAUAGCCUUGACCGGACUUCUGAAGUUCUGCGGCAAACAACCAUCAGCUUUUAUACAUCUGAUUAAGUGCAUCGUUUUGAGGAACAAUGCCCAAAGGAUCAUGUGAUGUGCAUAUUUUCUGGGAACUGUCGUCUAGCUUCAUAUUCAUGCUUUCCAGUGAUGGUGAAUUGCAUCCAUUCCCAAGGUGGCGCGGAUUCUGCCAGACUAUCGAGCCGUGCGUUGGUGUUUCAGACCUUGUUCGCGCACAAUGUACAGCGGUGCCUAUGGUGCCCCUUUUCUUUCCUUUUUCGUUCUUUUAGCAUGUGACCGGAUGGUUGGUUGAACUGUUCACAUUGUACAAAUUCGCCCUGUGAAACUAUCUGCAAGAAAUGUAGGCUAAUUAAACUGGUAA